UUCAGUUUAACACCGAGAGUCCAAGAUAAAGAUCGCUGCCUGAAUGGGGAAGAUAAUUAUACUGGAAUACCAGAGAUUAUCAAUCCGGGGGGGACGAGGCAGCAACAGGCGCUGACAACAGGGGCGCCAUGAUACCUACGCUGAAGCGUUGCUGUUGCUUCGGUCUCAAGAAUGGCUGCGUCUUCAUAGGCUGUCUCUAUGGUGUCAAAGCUGUUCUUAUGGCGUUAGUGGCGAGUUUUUCAGCAUACGAGGGCCAUAUUAACGCCAGGAAGGCGGAGACAGAGGAUUAUCGCAGACUGAAUACUGCUAUAGAAAUAACAAGCAUUAUCAUGGCUGUCUUCAAAGGGGCAGAAAUAGUUAGCAACAUUUUGCUCUUGAAGGGAGUAUUUGAUAGCAAACCCAAACUCAUAUUCCCGUGGAUGGUGCUGUGUACCAUUGACCUGAUCUUCAGCAGCUUUCUCUUCGUCAGCGCAGUUGUACUAGCCGUUUAUAUCGAGUUCGACUCAGAUUACAUUUGGACACACUUCGCGGAGCCCAUCAACAUCGGUAUGAAUAUCUACUUCCAUUUGGUGGUUCACAGUUACUACAAGCAAGUGAAAAGUAUAGCACCAGGAGUAACGGAGACUGUACCGAGACAACAGUCAGCUUUGUCCGUUGUGAAACCAUACCCCUCGCUGCCAUCAACUCCUCUAACACAGUACCUACUGCAAGUUCCAAACCUGCCCCCCAUACACUACCCGACACAAAAGAAACAGAAGAAACCGGACAACGAUAACCGCACGGAACACUUGGGAUCAACGAUCUCAUGGGUCGAAACAAUCUGAACACAAAAUACGUACAUGCGUCUUAUUGUACGUUGAAGAAGAAAGGAGGACUAGCGAUCUCGAAUCCGUUACUUCUAAGACACUGUGGGAGCGACCCACAUUUAAUCAAAGGUUAGCCGAUCAGCGCGGACCACUGAAACUCCAGCUCCCAUUGCUUCGCGCGCUGUUAUGGCAACGUAUAAAGAUGCGAAUUUCCGACGCGUUAGUCGCCAAUCUGUUUCCACAGAAACAUGAUUAUUGAGCCGUUGCGUAGCAAUGGAUGUUUCUUAGACUGCAAUUGACGACUAGCGUAUCGGAGGUACGUUGUCACUAACCGCGCGCAAACCAUUGGACGUUGGAGCUGCCGUGGUCCCCGCUGAUCAACCAGCCCUUGAUUCAAUGUGGGUGGCUCCCACAAAACAAUACAUAAAUUUAUGUUUCCUAUUCUUAUAACUUUCAAAUAUGUUUUGUUUGUGUUCCCGCUGUUACAUAUGGCGCUGUUUAAACAGCCGGGUAUCCUGCUGGCACAGUUUGUUUGAUUCGUAAUUUUGAUUUCGACCAACAAGAAUAUGUUUAUUUGUCAGUAGUAGCAUGCCCGUGAAAGCAGAAUUGAAACACGAACGACUAAGAAAAUCAGUGAAACCAAAGAGUUGAAAGUAUUAUGAAAGAUCCCGCAAGAUUCGUUAAGUCAUAAAGUUAGAAGUCCCAUCAUAGGAAAUUAUUAACCUAUAAACAAAUAGAUUAAUAACAUGGGAGUAGAAUGGACUGGAGGUAUUGAUCGAAUGGAACGUAACAGUGAUAAAAGUGAGAGAUUUACGUCAAAUUGGAGGCGGAAUUUGAAAGGACCAAAAAAAUUUGGUUGAAGAAUACUGUCAUGCAACGUGACUUAAAAAUUACUGGGUUUUAGAACUUUGCCCAUCGUCCGAUAUUCUAGAAAUUAGAAAGCACAACGUUUCGGAAACUUGAUUUGUUUCCUUCUGCAUUGCUCAGAAAGCGCUAACAUCAAUCGCUGGACAAACCCUACCAGAUUCACUACAGCUAUUUAAUUGCCUGAGACAAUGCUAAUUCGGAGAGAAAUAACAAGGCACCCGGCAGUAGGUGUCUUCCCCGUUCACCUGAGAACGGAGACAGAUCCAGCUUCCGAAACGUUAUGUUUUAUAGUUUCUAGGACGAAGUCCAAAGACCUGCUAAUUCUAAGUAUUUUACACCAUUGUCAGAACCCUUUGAAAUCAACAAGACUUACAAACUACGAAAGUUAACGCAGAAAGGAAGAUUUAGUUUUUAUUCUGGAUGAAAUGAUAGUGUUACGGUAGCAAUGUACACGUACUGUGCUGGAGAUAUGAAAUAAAAUGUUGAGUUUAUAACCAUAUAAAAAUAAUGUAAACAUAAAUACAGUGCGAUCCAUGGGAAAAGCAACUGGGCUGAUGGUAACUGAAAUUUUGCUUUUAAUAUCAAAGUUCCUGUAAUUCUUCUCUCUCUCGGCCUAUUACUGUAUUGUGACAGGACGCCUGAAAACCGAAAUAGACCAGCCAAAUUGGACGUUCAUCGCUAGGCAACGAUUUGGUAAACAGGUUCUCACGGAAACGAACACACACGCAGCAAUAGAACUAUGUUUUCUAUCCAACGGAGAGGUAAACACAUCUCUAUAACAAUAGAGGAAUUGCUAGGAAACGGUGUUUUCUGUUGGGGCCGC